UUCGUUUCUCAGUCAGGCUGUUUAUAAAGCUGCAGUCCUCUGUGUUCUCUGUUCAGGAGACUCUCAGCUAUUCCACUGACAGCUGAUCUCAAACACCGACUCAGUGCAGAUGGAGGAGAUAUCGCUCAGGUUGUACCAGAAGGAGGUGGUGCAGAGAGCCCUGCAGGGGGAGAACAGCAUCAUCUGGCUGCCCACCGGUGGAGGGAAGACUCGAGCUGCGGUUUAUGUGGCCAAGAAGCACCUGGAGACCCGUCGCAAUGCUAAAGUGGCCGUUCUCGUCAACAAGGUGCACCUGGUGGAUCAGCACUAUCAGAAGGAGUUUCAGCCACGCCUGGGCCACAUUGUAAAGAUCAUGCCCAUUAGUGGAGACAGUCGAGAGAAGGACUUUUUCGGCCGUGUGGUGAAAGAGUCAGACCUGGUCAUCUGCACUGCCCAGAUUCUGGAGAACGCCCUGAUAAACACAGAGGAGGACAAGCAUGUGGAGCUAAAAGAUUUCACCCUGCUGAUCAUAGACGAGUGCCACCACACUCAUAAGGAUGCUGUGUAUAAUAAGAUCAUGGCUCGCUAUGUGAAGAGUAAGCUGGAGGGGGUGAGGAAUCUGCCUCAGAUUCUGGGCCUCACUGCUUCACCAGGAACUGGGGGGUCCAGGACGCUGGAGGGAGCCGUCAAUCAUGUUCUGCAGAUCUGUGCCAAUCUGGACUCUGUAAUUGUGUCCACUGAAGAGUAUGUGCCAGUGCUUAAAGAUGCUGUUCCCAGACCCAUAAAGAAGUAUGACAUUGUGGAGACACGAGUUUUCGAUCCUUUUGGGGAUCAUCUGAAGAUGAUGAUGAAGAUAAUCCAUGGGUUCAUGCCGUUGGAGGCACAGAUUAACCUUCGGGAGAUGGGAACUCAGGAGUAUGAAGCUGAUGUGGUGGAGCUGGAGAAGAAAGGUGUUCAGAGGGAGGACAGGUCUUUGGCUCAGUGUGCCCUGCACCUUCGGAAGUAUAACGAUGCUCUUCUUAUUAACGACACAGUGCGCAUGGUGGACGCCCUGCGGCUUCUGGAAGAGUUUUACAGCUCAAAAAUGGAAAACACGAUGGAUGCAACAAAUCUCUUCCUCUUAGGACUCUUUGAAGAGAACCACGUAGAGCUGAAGCUGUUGGCCUCUAAUGCACAAAACGAAAACCCCAAGUUAGAUCAGCUGCAGAGCACCCUGUUGGAGCAGUUUCAGGAUGAAAACUCACGAGGAAUCCUCUUCUCCAAAACCCGCGAGGGCACGCGCUGCCUGUGCGACUGGGUGUGUGCCAACCGGAAGCUGAAGCGCGCUGAAAUCCGUGCUGCUAUUCUCACUGGAGCUGGCAAUGGUGCCAAUCACAUGACACAGAGAGGACAGAAAGAAACGAUACAAAAAUUCAGAGAUGGAACCCUCAACCUCCUCAUCUCCACUAGUGUGGCCGAGGAAGGCCUGGACAUCCCAGAAUGCAACGUGGUGGUGCGCUACGGACUGCUGACCAAUGAGAUAGCUCAGCAGCAGGCCAGCGGACGAGCCCGGGCUCAGAACAGCGUGUAUUCGGUAGUGGCUCAGGUAGGAGGUCGGGAGAUGCGCAGGGAGAAGACCAACGAGUAUCUGGAGGAGCUGACCGGCAGAGCCAUCGCCCAAGUGCAGAAGAUGGAUCGCAGAGAGUUCUGCAAGAAGGUGUGCGAGCUGCAGAGAGCUGCUGUGAUGGAUCGGAUUCUGGCCAGCAGGCAGAAAGAGGAGAAGAGGAAGCGCUACAAUCCCUCCCAGGUGCAGUUCACCUGCAGGAGCUGCUUCAUUGCCGUUGGCCACGGAGACGACAUAAAAGUCGUGAACAACAACCACCAUGUCAACAUUAACCAGGACUUUAAGAAUUACUAUAAGGUAGGAGGACAGGUUCAUCUAGAUCGCACGUUUGAAGACUGGGAGCCUGGCCGUGUCAUCAGCUGUGCUAGUUGUGGACGGGAGUGGGGGAUGGAGAUCAAACUGAGGAAGGUGGUGAUGCUGCCCUGUCUCAAAAUAAAGAACUUUUCAAUGAAGACUCCUGAGGGAAACCGUGUAGCCAAGCAGUGGAAGGAGGUGGAGUUCCCUGUGGAGGAGUUUGACUUUAUUAAGGACAUACCCAACCAAUUUCCUGACCUAGACCUGGAUCUGGACCUAGACCUGGACCUAGAUUAAGCACGGCCUGAGAGAUCAGGGUGGUACAGUGUAAUAAUACCAAACUGCACUUCAGAUUCCACUCCUGCUCCUCCUUCACUCCUGUCUUAGCAUGAUGAUGAACAAGUAGCUUCUUCUAUCAUCUCUGUUUUUAUAUAUUUUUAAAACUGUUUUACUCCACUUUGACCAUCGGGUGUCGCUGUUGUGCAAUAUAUGUUAUGAAAAGGGCUCUAAAAUGAGGACUGCAAGUCUCUACUAGAGAACCGUAAGGACAGGAUUAGUUUUACAGACAUGCUGUAUUUCCAUGAAGUAAAGUUUCCUCAGGAAUUCUGUAAAAUGUUUAUCAGCAGUUUGCACUGGAUAAAAGAGCUCUGUGUAAAGUAAAGGUAAAGCCAUGCCAAAAUAUUAGGGAUGUAAUACGUUAGGCUUCCUAGUAUUGAGUUUAAUUAUAAUAUCAGAAAUUCCCAUAAUUUGGCAUACAUUAGAAAUUAGAAAUGAACUAGAAAACCUAUGGAAACUCCUUUUUCACAGUUUAUGAUGGAAUAAUUUAUAUUAUUCCCAAAUGAUUCCGAAUAUUUCCUAUUGAGAAAUUAAACAACCUUGUAAGUUUAUAGUAGAUUAAACUUCAUUUAUGUGCAGUCUAUAAAGAUCUUACAGGACCAAAUCUCAAAGUAGGUCUGUCACAAUAAUAAUGAUAAUUAUCAGUUUUAUCACACAAUAUAUGGACAUGAACUCGGUCACUUUGCUGAUCUCGUUAUGGGACAUAACAUUUUUGGAGAGCUUAUUAAUAUGAAUAAGCCAGUAUGUCAACUUAGUUUGUUUGUUUUAUUUAAAAUAUUUAGUCAUAUAUUUAUCUCUACUAUGCUAGUGCUGGUGGUAAAAACACAACUAUGGUAAGCAAACCUUACUGAAGCUCAGUGAUUACCUGUUCAGCAGAAAAAUAGCCAACUCACCCAUUUCCAUGGCUGCAGCAAACAGUGUUCAUGCUGUUGUUUUUCUUACCUGGCAACCUGGAGUGUGGAAAUGGGACUGGAGGAAUGGAGGUGGGCAGUGCGCAAUAAGAACAUAAUCACUGACUCUGCUGUCAAGAGCUGCCAGCGCUUAAACUCAGCAUGUUUCCUUAAUGUCUGAUGAUACAUCCUGAUAGUAGAGAAAAUGCAAUCUUUAAUCGUCCAUUUAAAAUCAGUAGUUCCUUCCUCUGUAAUAGGUUGUAAUUGUAUUAUUAUGGUACUGUGUUAUCAAUGGAAUAAUAUUGUUUCAAAAUGACAAUAGUGUUGUUAAUCGCAAUUAUUUUUGGGACAAUAUAUGAUCCAAACUACAAAAAUGUAGUAGUAAUUUUUUCUUUUUAUUUGUUCUUUCAUUAUGACAUUAUGAACAUGAACUGGUGAGGAACUGACCGUCUGUCUUGCUGCUUUACAUUUUCAUGUAUUUUUCUUUUCGACUUUAGUAAUAUUAUGAAAUAAAAUACUUGUCAUCUUA